AUGUCAUCUACUGAUCGUGAAAACGGAGUUGACGGCGACGUUGAUCCCUCGGGUAACGACAACUCUCAGGUUGCCGCCUUCUCUUGGGUCAGCGUAUGCUUGGCGUGGGUCAAGAUGUUCUUCUGCGGCCGUGACGGAGACGACGUCGAAGCUCCUCUGCUUGCUCCGGGAAGAGUGUUGGACGAGGAAAACGCUGUCGACGAUGGCGUUCCAAACACUUCCGUGGAGCCUAGAGCCGUCCCUGCUCCCGCCGGUUCAAGUUUCCUCCAAAGGCUCAAGGUGUUCUUCCGCCGCCGUGAGGACCGUGACGGACAUGUGGAGGCUGGCGUAGGCAAUGAAGUGGAGAGUACCGCUUGGAAGGAUUUCGUCAAAGAAGGGAAUACCUACAUCAAGUGGAUGAUGGGGCAGGUGUUUCUCUUUGUUCCGGCUAGGUAUUAUCUAAUCGAUAAAAAGGAAGGGGUUCCGAGUUUUGCUGAGAUGGAGCUCUAUCUACCGGAAUUUUUUCUUCCAACGAUUUCACUAUAUGCUGGAUUUAUGAUGGGGUCGAAAAUUUUCGAGAGGUAUGUUCCGGCAACGAUCGGAGUUUUCCUCUUUGUCCUCGUUGCCGUCAAGAUCUGCGAGCAAUGCGUUUCUCGGUGA